UUAAUUCAUUCAUGGUUCUUCAGGAAAAAAUGAAAAUGUUAACUUUUGAUAUCUAAAAGCUGUAAAAAAGAUAAACGGAAUGGCUGGGAAUGAAACAGAUCUGUUUAAGUUAAUAGGUUUCAGCUUGGAACCUCUUAAAGAACCUGAGGUGGACUUGCAUCAAACCAUCAAGGCUAUCUGUUUAGUAUCUAGCAUUUUCUUCCUUGUAGCCUCGUUUAUUUUCAAUCUCGCCGUCAUACUCAACAUUUGUAUCACUGGAAAAGCAAGGGUAGCGUAUUUCCGCUUGUUUCUACUAUAUUCCAUCCUGCAUUUUUGUUUUCAGUUGACAGUAGGGUAUAUUGAUACAAAAGAAAUACUCAGAGCUGCAGUUGAACCGUCAAAGGUUCUUGACUGGUUGGAUAGAUACUCACCGCUGAUCAGUCGAAGCGUUCUUGGAAUUUUGUUCCUUCUUGUAUCAGCUUUGACUAUUGAAAGGUAUUGAUUAAUAUGAAAAUGA